AUGGGUGCCAUUCUCUCCCCAGCUCUCCUCCUGGCCGUCAGGAUCAACAGCAAGGGCCGGGAGGUGCUGUACCUGGCCAAGGGUGACUCUGUGAAGCUGGGCUGCCCCUACAUCCUCGAGCCCGAAGACAAUGGUCCCCAGGGCGUGGGCAUCGAGUGGAUCCAGACCACGCCUGAGCGGACCGGCCCGGAGAAUGUGUUCCUGUCCUACCACGACCACCAUGUCAACUACGGCAGUGGCUCAGGGCUGCAGGACCGGGUGGCCUUCGUGCAGAAUGACCCCAGCCAGUACGAUGCCUCCAUCCACCUGGCCGACCUGCAGGUCUCUGACACUGGCACCUACAAGUGCCGGGUGAAGAAAAACACUGUGGCUGUGCAUGAAGUCAUCGUCACUGUGCAAGAGAAGCCGGCCAUCCCGCAGUGCUGGACCGAGGGGGAGCUGAUAGAGGGGAGCAGCGUCCUGCUGCGGUGCUACAGCCGGGGCGGCACCUCCCCAUUCGCCUACCACUGGACCAAGUUGGCUGAUGGCUACAGUGGGGGACACCUGCCCUCCGGCACCAUCCAAGGACGUUCUCCUGGCGACCUGUUAAUCCAUAGCCUGUCAGUGGUGCACACCGGUGUCUACCAGUGCCGUGUCACCAACCGUGUGGGCUACUCUGUGUGCCAGCUCAACCUCAACCUCGCACCAAGUAAGCAGGCGGGCAUCAUCGUGGGCUCCAUCCUGGGCUCCCUCCUGCUCCUCAGCCUGCUCGGGCUCCUCAUCUGGGCGCUGAUCUGCCGCUACCGUCGGAAGGAGUGCCAGCGGACCUGCAGCGACUGCAGGAGCAGCACAGGCGGCACCAUGACCCGCGCCUGCAAUGUCUGCGCCCACCACAGCUACUCGCCCCACGGCAUCAGCUACAUGCAGUGCCAGCAUGGCGACGGCGACGAGCGGGCAGCUGCCCUCAUGUGCAAUGAGGGCAUCCGGCACCAGGUCACCUGCCCAGCGCUGUAA